AUGAGUUCGGUGGUCAUUUUGUUCAUGUCCUCCACGACACUCGGGGAAAGCCAGCGUCCGCCCGAGCUGAAGCGGGCUGCUAAUCCCGCGUCGGGGGCAGGGGAGCGGAGCUCGAAGCCGCGGAAGAACCGCUGCUCCAGCGCCCCCACCCGUGCUCCUCGCCUCUCACGCUCCGCACCGCCGCCACGCGCCGCCUCACAGUCCCCGGGCCCCGCCGCCGCCUCCUCACACUUCCAUCACCACCCGCCUCCGCCGGCUUCCAGCUCCCGCUCGGCAGAGCAGCGCCGGCCCCGGCGGCCUCAAGCCUGUCGCUGCCUCCGCCUCCACCGGCCGCUCACAGAGCGUAGGGCGCUGCUUCCCGGGCCAAAGCACAGGAGACAGCCCGGGAAGAGCUCAGAGAAGGAAGCUACAGAAGGAGAUUUCCUUGCAAGAAAUGUGCCAAACACAAGUGAUUCAUUCAUAGCAACGGUGCCGAAGUGUCAAGCCGGUGAUAUCUUAUCUCCCACUCCCACCCCUGAUACAGCAGCAGCCGGGGGUUUCUCAAGUCCCAGCUAACACGAAAUGUGGGAGGAGAGCCUGAUCA